AUGGAUAUACGCGAUAGUGAUGAGAAGACAUUUGAGGUAGAAGACGUGGCUAUCAAUGUUAUCCCCAUUUCUUCAACAGAGUGGGAGGAGUUAGCACCAGACGCAUUAAAUGAUGGAUUCAAAUCUGUUAAAAAGGAGAGUGCGGAAAAUGCCCAUGCCGAGACGUCGGAUAGUAAAGACGGAAAGUUGGGCAGUGUCGAGCUUGAUACUCGUCUACCUGAACCUACAGCGUGUGAUAGUGAAGAGCUAGAAGAAUUGCCUGGAAGUCAAGCUCUUUCCUUUCACGAAGAAGUGAACGGAGUGCUAGACUUAAUGUUUGAGAAUGAUAAUCGCACUGAUAUUGGGGAGCAAGCGAUUGAUGCAAAGCUUGAAGCAGAACCGAGUACGGUGGCUGCGUAUGGCACAACGGAUGAAAUUGUGAUGUCAUUGACUGAUGCUGAAAAGUCUGCGAAGGUAACUGAUAUUUGUGACGUCGUACCUGAUGCUUCUAGCGACACGCUGAUGAAAAGGGUUCAGCAAGAUAAAAUCGCAGGCUUUAAAACAGCGGCUGUAGAGCACGUCGGUGCUGACGUGACUGACGACGCAUAUAAGAUGAAGGCUUUAACGGCGUUCAAAGACGAUUCAUACAGUGAAGCUGAAACUCCACGUACAGACGUAGUAGCACAAAGCAUAUUGCCUCCAAUCUCUUUUCGUGAAUCAAUGCAUGAGGGUAAGCCGAACCUUUUGGGAGCAGAAGUGUACAAAGAUGAACAAGACGAGUACACUGAUGAUGACCAUGAUGAUCGACUUGUUGAAGAUUCGAUUAAAUUCACACCACGAGCUGAUGAUUAA